AUGUCAGGAAAGGAUAAGCCUAAAAGCAGAAGCAAAUCGCGAAGCAAAGAAUAUAGCGAUAAGAGUCAAAAGAAAGAUGAAGGAAGUAAAAUGCAAAUUUCACUGAAAGAAACAAAAGAAAAGAAGAGUGUAACGAAAAAGGAACAAAAAGAUAAUAAAAAUAUCGACAAAAAGGAAUUUCAAAGAUUAGCAAAAAAAAAUGAAGUGAAAAUGGAUGAGAAUGCGAUGAUGAUGAUGAUGAUGAUGACAGAUAUUGAAAAAAAUUUACCCAUUUCCAAUUCAAUUGAUAAAAUGAAGCAAUCACUCUCAUCCGGUAGCAAACUUCUAACAGUAAACUCGACAAGUACUACAAAGAAGUAUCCGGAAAAAAUAAUUGUCAAUAAAUUGGAAAAGUUGAAAUCGAGAAAAAAGAGCUGUGAAAAAUUAGGAAAACAUGAAGCAAAAUAUAUUCCAAAAAUCAGUGAUGACAAAGUGCAAAAAUUAAAAAGUGAUAAGAGUUCCAGUAAUUGUAUCACUGAUAAUUCAAUUGAUAAGGCUGGACGAUCAUCGUUGAGUGUAAAAUGUUCAAAGUCGACUUAUCAAAAUUUACAUACAUCAAAAUUACCACCUCCCACAUGUGCAAAAAUCUUACCAGCAGUGCCUUUAAGUCAUAUCGAUGAAUACGAUUACGAAGAUGAUUUCGAAGAUUACUCAGAUGAUUUUGAAGAAGAAAGUGAAAAUGAAAGUUCAGACAGAGAGAGUACUGAAGGACGAGGUAAAAAAAGUGAGCAAAAUUCUGCAGUAUCGAGAAAUUUAACCAUUUCACGUAUCGGAGGAACAUCCAACAGGGAUUCGUUGAUUGAUGCAACAAUCAAUGAAUCAUACGAAAAUUCACCCCUUUUACAUCGCAUAAUGAAUCGUUCUCGAUCCGAUGACAAUGUUCAACCGUUGCAGAUGCAAUCCAUACAUUUUCAUGGUUGUACGCAACGGAAAAUUGAUUUUGCAAAUGCAACAACAACAAUAAAUUGGGAAAAAAUGUCUGAGGUAGAACGUCGAUAUAAAAUGUUGAAAAAUUUAAUUGGAAUGGAAAUUGUGCAAUUUGAUUUAUUGGAUCAUCAAGUAAUUCGUGCAUACGAUUUCUAUGUGCAAAUGUUUGGUAAUGCGAAUUACAUUCAGGUACAAACACAGACAGGUGAUGAUAAAUUGAAUUGUUAUGUACAAACAGAAGAGAUGGACAAAGAGACUGUCUGGACACAAAUACCAUACUCGGAUCCUCAAGGUUGGGGUAUAGCGAAUAUUUCGGAUGGUAUUGAUUAUUGCGAACGUUUUGGUUCGGAAAUCGAACAUUCGAAAAUUAGCCAUUUUGAGAUGACAAAAUUUUGCAAGUUUAUUUCUAUUGCUGGACAAGUUUUUAUUGAUAUAAUGCAAUCAUCAUCAAAUUGUGCAACGCAACCAUCACUGGAAUAUCGUGCAUCGUUGAAAUUUAGCACAGGUUAUAAUAAAUUUUCAUUGGGAAAUCUUGUAAAUUCUUCUAAGGUUACAAGUAUGCUUCAUCGAGAGAACCAAUUAUUUAUAGCAUUUUAUGUUGAACAAACUUCAAACGAUGAUAUUAUCAAUCGGAGUAUUAUCGUUGAAUUCGAUAUUUGCUCACCACAUAAUCCUAAAAAAAUUUUACUUUGUCAUAACGAAGUACGAUGUUUUUGCAUGUCACCGGAUGAUGCUCGUGCUGUAUUUGUUGGCCUGGCAAGUUAG